GAUGGCCACUUGAUGGAAAUCAAAAUGUAUACUAACUGGAAAUUUUGGGUAGCGUUAUAUUGAUCUAUGUUGGAAUAAACGGUACUUUAUCACUCAGAAUUGAUGAAUCCUAACCGCUAAUAUCAGUUCAGUAUCUGACAAUAAUGCACUUCCACUGGCCAAUCAGAAACAAGCAUUUUCAAAGUUAAGUAAAGCACUUUCUUACAAAUGCGUUCAGUUGAGAAGAUGAACAUGUCUUGUGUUUUUGACCCAGGGGACAACUAUGACGUAUGCGCCAUCUGCUUGGACGAGUAUGAAGAAGGUGACAAACUCCGAGUCCUGCCAUGUUCUCACGCCUACCACAGUAAGUGCGUGGACCCCUGGCUGACCAAAACCAAGAAGACGUGUCCGGUGUGCAAGCAGAAAGUGGUCCCCUCGCAGAGCGACUCCGACUCCGACUCCGAGGAGGGGGAGAGCGGCCCCGACGAGAACGAGGAGGUGUCUGAGAGCACCCCGCUGCUGCGCUCUCUGGCCUCCACCAGCGCCCACUCCUUCGGCACCAUGUCGGGAGCGUCGCGCUCGGAGCAAGACCAGGAGUCCUCCGAGUACGAGGAUGACGAGCUGGAUAGCAGCGACAGCGAGGAA